AUGGCAACAAGCUUCCUCGAUCUUCCCGCCGAACUCCGCAAUGAGAUUUACAAGUAUCUAUUUCAGUUCAGGGAGCCUAUCAUUCCCUGGAAAAGAUACAACGACGAAAGGAUUGCGACAAACCUUCUGCUCACAAACAAGACAAUCCUGCACGAGGCCAGCUCAAUCCUUUACGGCAGCAACUGCUUUGACCUCAUCCGAGCCUGUAUGGAAGAAUUUUGUCUUCGUGCCUCAGAAAAAGUCCAGUCAUACCGUACAGACCUCAAAUCACUCACAAUCGCCCCUGAAAAAUCCUCAUUCUUGAAGAUUCGACCAUUUUCAUCUCACAGCAUUGAAAUUACUGGCAGGUUUGCUACUGCUUACAUCGGCGCAUCGCUUCAAAAAGUUGUCAAGGAGAUUCAUGAUGAAGGUAUCGAUGAGUAUCAAAGAUCAGGUAUUAGAAGGAGAAUGCAGAGUGAUGAGUAG